AUGUAUUUAUAUAAGCUUUACAAUUAUAAACUGGUCCACAAAUAUGUGCUGCAGAUUAUUUAUAUAAUUUCAAUCAUUUAAUUUCUAAAUAGAGGCUUGAAUUAAGUCAUUUUCAUUUCUUGAGGAUAAAAUUGCCAUAAUUAGCAAUUUACUUUGGUCCUAAAUUAUAAAUAGAAAUAAUUUAAAAACCAAACCUAAAAAAAAAUAUUUGUAAUUAACUUCUAGAAAAAAGGAGGAAUAUGACUUUGAUAAUUUAAUACUUUUUAGUAUUUUUACAUAUUUGCAUCUUGGCACACACGCCCAAAUAGAUAGUUUAUUAAUUAAUAUAUUAAAAGCGUUGUAUUAUUACAGUAUGAAAAGAAUCGGCAAUUGUAAUAAGCUCUUUUAUUUUAAGGGAUCUCAAAAAUGGAUAUAUUUGGAUAAUCGAUCACAUUAAGAAUGAAUAGGCAAAGCUCUUAUAAAACUGUUUUCGGGGGAUGCUCCUCCUUGAUAUUGCUAAUAAUUUUGAUUUUGAUCUUCUCAUCCAACAUUAGAUCCUUUUUCAACAAGGAAAGUUUAAGUGCAACUGUUUUAACUGAAUUUGAAGAAAUUCCAUCAUUGUCACUAAUUGACGAUUCAUUUUUUUUAUUUGCUGUUCAAAUAGAUUAAGACAAUUUUUUAUCUAAGCCUUUUUAUGACAUCAAAAUAGAUUAGUAUCAUGUUCAAAAAUUUUUGAAUGGUUCGGUAAUUUAAAUAGAAAAAGAAAUUAAAUUGAUACCUUGUACUUUAGAUCGUUUUAAUAAAAUAUUCUCUUAAUUUGGACGAGACAUGACAGACUAAUUCAAUCAGUUUAAAUUACAUGAUUUUUUGUGCUUCGAGUAAGUGUUUUAAAUUAUUUUUAUAGCUAUAACCAAACAAUUUCAAUUUAAGGAACUUAUUCAAGUAUUUAAAAUAAAUAUUGCUUUUCUAGAUUUAGAGUUUGAUUAUUUGAAAAUUCAAGUACAAUAAUGUUCUAAUAAAACAAAAUGUGCUUCAACUGAAGAAUUAUAAUAAGAGAUCGAUAAAAAUGGAGCAUUCAAAAUUAAGUUGUUUCCAAUCAAUAAAGUAUAUUAUAGAAUAAUUUAGAUCUUAAAUCCCUACAAACCAGAAGAUAAUUAUUUGCAAACAUUUUUAGACGAUUCAUUCUUCUUCAGAUUUCUUCCCUCAAAUAUUUAUAAGUCUGUAGAUCUAUUUAUCAAAGAAUACGAAGUCACCAAUGAUCAAAGUCUAUUUCCGUUUAGUUAUUUGGAAUAUUCAUAAUUUUACACGCUAGAUCAAUCAGAAAUCAAAGAGAGAACUGAAAUAUAAAAUAACUCAGUUUAAUCUUUCGUACAAAUCUAGAUAAGAAAGAGUCCUUACAAAAUUAAAAUAUUUAGGAAAUAUUUGAAAAUAGAUGAAUUAUUAUCCAACUUAGGAGGCAUCCAAUAGAUCUUCAUUUUUUUUAUUGGGACUGUCUUAACAAUAUACAACAGAUUCCAACGUAUUUAUUACCUUAAAAUUAUAAAGUGCUCGUUGAAUUAGCUAAUAAAUUGUAUGAAUUCACUUUGGUAUCUUUUCAAAAAGAGAAAUAUUAUUAAGACAAUUUAGAUUUGGUGAAUUAAAUGAUGCAAUAUAAACAAGAUAAGGUGUCACAAUAGGAUAAACCUCGAAACUCUGAUAUAGAUUUAGAGAUAUAGCCUAUGCAUCAAAGUGUGAUAAAUUAAAAGUCAAAAAAUGAGUUACUGAAGUUCAGUGAAUAAAUAAGUCCAUAAUCACAAAAACGGAGUCCAUUAAAAAAAUAAACAGAAAAUGUGAUUAAAAAAAAAAAUAAGUUUAUUUAUGAAUAGGAAGCUAUGGCAUUUAAAUUAAAUUGUUCAAAUGGGUUAGAAUAUUUCUAGUUAUAAAUUUAAAAUUUAAUUUAAAGAUCAUAACCAAUCUUAAUGACGUUUCAAAUGUUAAUCAAUUUUUUGACUUGCUAAAAAGUGUUUAGGCAUAAAAAACAUAUUUAAUUGAUGAAUAAAGCUAUGUAAAUUGUAUAUUCAAUUAAUUAGAGAUCAAAUCACUGAAUAAAUAGAUCUAUUCAAUAUACUAACAAAAUUAAAUGACUUAGAGAAACUUAAAGAAGUGAUUUUCUCUCAGCAACAGUUAUUGAUGUUCAAUUUUGCUCCAAAACCGUUGAUAUCCUUAGACAAUACAAAAGAAGUAUUUAAUCGGACAGUAGUUGAAGAAAGGACAAGAAGCAAUAACACUAAAUAGUAAAGCUUAUCUUUAAUUUUAGGGAUGAAACCUCCUAAGAGUUAGAAUCCUUAAAUAAAAUACACUACAAUCUAUAAGCAGAUGCAAAGAUGUAUGCAAAGAUUUAUUCUGUAUUUAUUAUUAAUCUAUUUAAGGCGUAUGAUGAUGUACUGUAAGAAGCAGAAAAUGAUCAAGACCAGUCUAUUUGUAGUAACUUGAGCAAAUAAAUAAUUAGCAAGUUGGGUGCUGAAGUAUAAACUAUCUUUAAAUUAUCGAAACUAAUAGACUUUCAUUAAAAUCAAAACAACUCCAGAAGGAGAGGGAUGA